GGAACGCAUGCGUAGCACAUCGGUAAACGCGCACUUUGGUUUUUUAUUUUUUUAACCGGGCACUCGUAAGGUGUUGAAAGAUGAAGUACCUGAUUGUUUUGGCGGUUUUCGCGUUGGCUUUCGCUGCCGAGGAGAAGAAGGAGGAAGAAGCCAAGAUCUACAUGCGGUUAAUUCCCGCUGAUGUUCUGAGAGAUUUCCCCGGUCUUUGUUUCGCUUCGACCCGGUGCGCUACCGUCGAGCCCGGCAACUCCUGGGAUCUGGCUCCCUUCUGCGGCCGCAGCACCUGCAAGAUCAGUGAAGACCAGCCCCCCAGGCUUUUGGAACUGGUCGAGGACUGUGGCCCUCUCCCCAUUGCCAAUCCCAAGUGCAAACUUGACACGGACAAGACUAACAAAACUGCACCCUUCCCUGGCUGUUGUCCGAAGUUCACUUGCGAAGAUGGUGCUAAAUUAGAGUACCCUGAGCUCCCAACACCUCCCCCAGAAGACGAGGCCAAGGAGGCGGAAAAGAAGAAGGCUUAAAUUAAAAAAUAAUAGAUAUAAAACCUAUAAAUAAUCUAUGGACGCGAAACUAACAUGCACAGAUCUCCCGCGUCCAUUAUAACAUUCAAAUUCCAAAUUCUUUUAAUGUGGUACAAAUGAUACAAAAAUUGUCUCAAAAUAAAUAUUUGAUUUAAGAAUUGUAAAAGACUUUACCAAAUCACAUAAGUACUUUUGCUAUUUUUUUUUUACUAUCGGGUCACUUUCUAAUUGUCAUGGCACCGGGACUUUCAAUUGACUAUUGUUCGAAAUUCAAAAGCGGCUUCCUAUUUCCUGUUUUAUUCAUAAUAAAAGAUAACUGUGACAAAGUUGUUCAUUGUUGGCUUUAUUGACAAAACUGUCACUAUUGAAAGCGAUCAUUGUUGAUUUUUUUAGAAUUGUAUCGGCUUUUUUACUUGAAUAAAUGACUAUUAUAAGUGAUGUUUGUGAUAUUGAUAAAUAAUA